AAUAUGUUCAGUUUCAGAACACAAAUAUCAAAAUUAUAAUAUGUUAAAAUUAAGCUUACAAAGUCGUGGCCACAGCUCUAAUAAUCUGGUAAAAACUUUAAUACUAAACUACUCCAAAUGCGCAGCCGUAAGAACUGUAGAGUUGCCCAUGGGCAAGGUAAGGGGCACCCAUGAGGAGGGUCACUGUGGCAACGACUUUUAUAGCUUUAGAGGUAUACCCUAUGGUAAGCCUCCGAUCAGGGACUUGCGAUUUAGUCCAACGCAACCGGCAGAGCCAUGGGGUAAUAUGGUUCUAGAUUGCACUAAGGAUCGCUCUGUACCCACGCAAAUGGGAAUAUCUUCAAACCAAAUCACCGGCAGCGAGGAUUGUCUGUAUAUAAAUGUGUAUACCAAGCAUUUCGACGAGUCAGAGAAGAAAUUGCCAGUAAUCGUGAACUUUACCCCUGGUGGAUUCUGCACGGGCGGCGCCAUAACCGAGAAAUUCGGUCCUCAGUAUCUUAUGCGUGAGGAUAUCGUAUAUGUUAUGUUUAAUUAUCGGCUCAGUGCGCUGGGUUUCCUCAGGAUCAACUGCCCAGAGCUGGGCGUGUCUGGAAAUGCCGGCCUGCACGACCAUCUGACCGCAAUGCGUUGGGUGCAGAAAUACAUCUCGUACUUCAAUGGGGAUCCAGAUAAUGUAACCAUUAUGGGCACUAGUUCGGGUGGCGCCAUGGUGGACUUUAUGAUGUGUGCGCCACAGGCGUCUGGCCUUUUCCAUCGGGCCGUCAUGAUGUCCGGCACAAUGACCUGCCCCUGGGCUAUUGUACCUUAUGCAGAUGACCUAUUCUGCCGGCUGGCAUGGGAAAAGGGCUACAGGGGUGACGUCAAGGCAACGGAAAUACUGAAAUUCCUGCGCUGUCUGCCCGCCAAGGAGGUAGUGCGUCUGAAUCACUUUGGCGACUGCGACUAUCUCUUUGGUCAUCUGUAUCCAUUUGCGCCACUGGUUCAGGCCCCAUCCGCAAAUGACGGCGGCAAAGAUGCUCUGAUUAAGGGCUCCGUUGUAGAGAUGUAUCGCACAGCUUGGUCCGUGGAUGUGCCACUGCUGAUAGGCGGCACCUCGUUCGAAGGUCUAUUCAUGUAUCCCAAAUACAGGAAUAGCAAGGGUAAGAUGCUGAAAAUGCUCAAGAAAAAUCCGGCGCUGGCGCUACCCUAUGAAAUCCAUACGAAACUAUCUAAGACUGAGCGUGAAGAGGCCGCAGAAGAGCUCAUGCGCUUUCAUUUUGGACAUAGGCCCAUAGAUAAAAAUAGUGUAAUCCAGCUCCUAGAUUUCUUCAGCUAUAAGCUCUUUUGGCAUGGCAUUCAUCGCGUGGUUCUCUCCCGACUCGCUCAUGCCAAGGCGCCCACGUUUCUAUACCGGUUCAGCUAUGAUUCGCCCACGCCCAUUGUGCGCCCUUAUUUCACCGGUAAGGAUAUUACGUGCGGCGUUUGUCAUGCCGAAGACAUGGCCUAUUUAUUUCCACUAAAGAAUCGUACGCCUCGUAUGAGUGAGGAUGAGAAUCUUAUCACACAGCGAAUGGUUGGUAUCCUGACGACAUUUGCUCGCACCGGAAAUCCAAAUUGUGAAGAAACAAAAAGUGUAUUAUGGAAGCCUUUGAGGAAUGAGGAUCCGUUCCAGGCCAUGUUAAUUGACCAGAAGCUGAAAUUCGGCACUCAGUCUGAAAAGGAAGUAUUGUUGAUGUGGGAUAAGCUAUACGAUAAUCACAAUAGCUUACUCUUUGGUGGAUGAAAUUCGCAGAUGUGAGCAGAUGAUUAAGUUCCAGAAUGCAUUUUUAGUUAAAUAGUAAAAGAUAUACAAAUGGUUGAGAAGGGUUAAAAUAAAUGGUUAGCCAUUAGGGA